UUAUAGAAAACGCGAUGUCUCAACCGGCGAACACGCCUUUCUUCUGCUACUAGCAGGAUAAGAAAAAGACACCAGGCUCCUUGUGCUGCUGCUGUGCAGAUCAGCACCCCGGAGUCCAGGAGCCAGCUUCUGAGGAAGCUGGAGCAUCCCAGCCCAGAUGGGACCUCACCAUCGGAUGGAUGGAAGAGCAGCAACUGCUUGCAAACUGCUCAUACUAUUCACUGCAUGCAUAAUGCAGGGCAGUUGCCAAGGAUGCGAGCGGGGGCAGUUCCGCUGUGGCAAUGGCCGCUGUAUUCCUGCAGACUGGAGGUGCGAUGGGGCCAGAGACUGCUCGGAUGAUACGGAUGAAGCUGGCUGCCCACAACCUACCUGUGAGGGAAAUCAGUUUCAGUGUCAGACUGAUGGGGAAUGUAUUCCACAGUCAUGGGUUUGUGAUGAUGAGGAGGAUUGUGAAGAUGGCUCAGAUGAACAUCAACAGUGUCCGGGGAGGACGUGCUCGAGCCAGCAGUUCACGUGCUCCAAUGGACAGUGCAUCCCGGGCACGUACUGGUGCGAUCGAGUGCAGGACUGCACCGACGGAACGGACGAACGAGCCUGCCACUACCCGAGAUGUGAACAGUUAUCCUGUGCAAAUGGAGCAUGUUUUAAUGCUAGCCAGCGAUGUGAUGGCAAAGUUGAUUGCAGAGAUUCUUCCGAUGAAGCUAACUGCACACAUGGAUGUACCAGUACUCAGUUCCAGUGUGCUAAUGGAGAGUGCAUCCCACGAGCCUUUAUCUGUGACCACGACGAUGACUGUGGAGAUAGGAGUGAUGAAAACUCUUGCACUUAUGCAACUUGCCGAGGCAACUUCUUCACUUGCCCAAGUGGCCGUUGCAUUCAUCAGAGCUGGAUUUGUGAUGGAGACGAUGAUUGUGAGGACAAUGAAGAUGAAAGAGGAUGUGAAAGUGGUCACCAUGAAUGCUACCCAGGAGAGUGGGCCUGCCCUGGAUCAGGGCAUUGCAUUCCAAUUGGGAAAGUGUGUGAUGGAACUGCAGACUGCCCUGAAGGAGAAGAUGAAACUAACAUCACUGCAGGCAGACACUGCAACGUAUCACGCUGCGCUGCGCUGAGCUGCCAGUAUCGCUGCCAUUCCUCUCCGUCAGGAGGGAUGUGCUAUUGCCCCGCAGGAUAUACAAUAAGUAGCAAUGACAGUCGCACUUGUAUUGAUUUCGAUGACUGUCAGAUGUGGGGUGUCUGUGACCAGCUGUGUGAAGAUCGUGUGGGACAUCACCAGUGCCACUGUGUGGAAGGUUAUUUCCUAGAGCAUCACCGGCAUUGUCGGGCCAACACUUCAGCUGGUGUUGCAUCAAUUAUUUUUUCCAAUGGCCGUGAUUUACUGAUUGGAGAUCUUUAUGGAAGAAAUUUUCGUACUUUGGUGCAGUCACAGAAUCGUGGGAUUGCUGUUGGAGUGGACUUUCACUUUUACCUGCGCAGAAUCUUUUGGACAGACACAGUGCAAGAUAAGGUUUUUUCUAUUAAUAUUGAUGGCUCCGAUUUCCAAGAAGUUUUAAAUAUUUCAGUUGACACACCUGAAAAUCUAGCAGUGGAUUGGGUUAACAAUAAACUGUAUGUGGUUGAGACCAGUGUGAACAGAAUAGAUAUGGUUAACUUGGAUGGAACAAAGCGUGUGACUCUUAUUGCUGAAAAUCUUGGAAAUCCUAGAGGAAUAGCAGUUGAUCCAACUGUUGGUUAUUUGUUUUUCUCAGACUGGGACAGUCUGUCUGGUGAUCCUAAAGUGGAAAGGGCCUUCAUGGAUGGCACAAAUCGUCAGGAUUUGAUAAAAACAAAAUUAGGCUGGCCUGCAGGAAUAACUCUGGAUAUUGUGUCAAAGAGACUUUACUGGGUUGACAGCCGGUUUGACUACAUUGAGACUGUAACUUAUGAUGGACUUCAAAGGAGAACAGUAGCUCAUGGAGGCUCACUGGUUCCUCAUCCAUAUGGAAUCACUUUAUUUGAACACAAUGUUUAUUUCACUGAUUGGACCAAAAUGGCAGUGGUGAAAGCUAACAAAUUUUCAGAGUCAAACCCUCAAGUGAUCUACCAGUCUUCACUGAGACCUUAUGGAGUGACAGUUUACCACGCUGCCAGGCAGCCAUUUGUAAGAAAUCCUUGUGGAAGUAAUAAUGGGGGAUGUGAACAGAUCUGUGUUCUCAGCCACAAAACAGACAAUGAUGGCCUAGGUUAUCGCUGUAGGUGUAUCCUGGGCUUUGACCUACAUCUGGAUGGACGACACUGUGUUGCUGUGCAGCAGUUUCUGCUGUUUUCAUCCCAGAUGGCAGUGCGGGGAAUCCCAUUCAAUCUCUCCACCCAGGAAGAUGUGAUCAUACCUAUAACAGGAAGCCCUUCAUACUUUGUUGGAAUUGACUUCUGUGCUCAGGAUGACACCAUUUUCUUUUCAGACACAAGUAAAGACAUGAUCUAUAAACAGAAAACUGAUGGUUCAGGAAGAGAGAUAUUGACUGCUAAUAGAGUGGAAAGUGUUGAAGAUUUGGCUUUUGACUGGAUCUCAAAGAACCUCUACUGGACAGAUCCUCGAUACAGGAGCAUUAGUGUGAUGAGGCUGGCAGAUAAAUCCAGGAGAGCUAUUGUUCAGAAUUUAAAUAAUCCUCGCUCAAUAGUGGUUCAUCCUGUUAUUGGGUAUAUAUUCUGGACAGAUUGGUUCCGUCCGGCAAAAAUCAUGAGGGCCUGGAGUGAUGGAUCCCAUGCCUUGCCAAUUGUCAAUACAACGCUAGGCUGGCCUAAUGGCCUCGCCAUUGACUGGAGCUCUCUGAGGUUGUACUGGGUGGAUGCUUUUUUUGAUAAAAUUGAGCACAGCACCUUUGAUGGGCUGGACAGACGGACUCUUGAACACAUUACUCAGAUGACUCACCCAUUUGGCCUUACUAUUUUUGGAGGUUAUGCCUAUUUCACUGAUUGGAGACUUGGUGGAAUAGUUCGAGUGAGGAAGUCUGAUGGAGGAGAAAUGACAAUUAUUAGGAGGGGCAUUAAUAACAUUAUGCAUGUUAAAGCAUACGACGCUCAUUCCCAAAUAGGCUCUAACUACUGUAAUAGAGGAACAAAUCCCAAUGGAGACUGCAGCCAUUUCUGCUUCCCGGUACCAAACUUUCAGAGAGUUUGUGGAUGUCCUUAUGGCAUGAAGCUGGCUUCAAAUCAACUGACAUGCAUUGAAGAUCCAUCCAAUGAGCCACCCACUUUGCAGUGUGGCUCUUACUCAUUUUCCUGUGGUAAUGGAAGAUGUGUGCCUCGAUACUAUCAGUGUGAUGGUGUUGAUGAUUGCCAUGAUAACAGUGAUGAACAAAACUGUGGUUCUUUAAACAAUACUUGUGCUUCUUCAGCUUUUACCUGUGCCAGUGGACAGUGUAUUCCAGGUCGCUGGCAUUGUGAUAAACAUAAUGACUGUUUUGAUGGCAGUGACGAAUUGCAUUGUCCUACACAAGGACCCUCUUCAUGCCCUGCAACUCAGUUCACCUGUGAUAAUAGAAGAUGCAUUCCAAGAAUCUGGCUAUGUGAUACCGAUAAUGACUGCGGUGAUGGCUCAGAUGAAAAAAACUGCACUUUCACAGGUACUUGUGAACCCAGGCAAUUCCAGUGUCCAGACCAUCGCUGUAUUGACCCGUUCUAUGUCUGCGAUGGAGACAAAGAUUGUAUAGAUGGUGCUGAUGAGCAUGACUGCAUAUACAACUGCAGUGCCACUGAGUUUAAAUGUCUAAGUGGAGACCAGUGUAUCAGCACCUACUACCAGUGUGAUGGUGUUUUUGACUGUAACGAUCAUUCAGAUGAGGCUGACUGCCCUACAAGACCACCAGGGAUGUGCCACCAGAAUGAAUUCCAGUGUCAAUCAGAUGGCAGCUGUGUUCCUGAUAACUGGGAAUGUGAUGGCCAUCUUGAUUGUGCAGAUGGCUCAGAUGAACAUCACAGAUGUCCUGCCAGAACAUGUCCUCCAUCGCUUUUCCGCUGUGAUAAUGGCAACUGUGUGUAUCGAGCGUGGAUCUGUGAUGGGGAUAACGACUGCAGGGAUAUGAGUGAUGAGAGAGAUUGUCCAACUCAACCUUUCCGGUGCCCCAGCUGGCAGUGGCAGUGUCCAGGUCACAGUAUCUGUGUGAAUCUCAGCAAAGUAUGUGAUAAUUCUGCUGAUUGUCCUAAUGGAGCUGAUGAAUCCCCAUUGUGCAAUCAGGAAAGCUGCACUGACAAUAAUGCUGGCUGCACUCAUGAAUGCAUUCAAGGACCUUUUGGAGCUCAGUGUACCUGUCCUAUUGGAUAUCAGCUUGCAAAUGACUCCAAGACCUGUGAAGAUAUUAAUGAAUGUGACCCUCCAGGCUUUUGUAGUCAGCACUGUUACAAUGAGAGAGGGUCUUUUAGGUGUUAUUGUGAUGAAGGAUACAUUCUAGAAGCCAAUGGGAGGACUUGUAAAGCAGCAGAAAAACGAACCAGACCAGAGACCCAGUGGCCGCCUUCUCAGGGCCGCGGGCAUUUCCCUUUGGUGCAGUUACAGGCNGUUGAGGCCUACAGAGCAUUGCUGUGCAUCAUAAAUGCCCUAAUGAUGAUGUUGCUUUUACUGUUUUGUAAAACUAUGCUGGUGACUUUUGUAGAUGGAGUAUCAGAUAAUGCUGAAAGUGGGAUGAAUGUCGGGAUACUAGACAUAUUUGGAUUUGAGAACUUCACAAGAAAUUCUUUUGAACAGCUGUGCAUAAAUAUUGCUAAUGAACAGAUCCAGUUUUAUUUCAAUCAACAUAUCUUUGCACUGGAGCAGAUGGAGUAUCAGAGUGAGGGAAUUGAUGCCACUACAGUGGAGUAUGAGGACAACCGUCCACUUCUAGAUAUGUUCCUUCAGAAACCCAUGGGUCUCCUGUCUCUGCUAGAUGAAGAAAGUCGAUUUCCUCAGGCAACAGACCUAACUUUAGUUGAUAAAUUUGAAGAUAACUUACGAUGCAAAUACUUUUGGAGACCAAAAGGAGUAGAACUGUCAUUUGGUAUUCAGCACUAUGCUGGAAAGGUGUUAUAUGAUGCCUCUGCCUUCCUUGAGAAGAACAGAGACACUCUUCCUGCUGACAUAGUGGUGGUGUUGCGAACUUCAGAGAACAAACUUCUUCAGCAGCUGUUCUCUAGCCCAUUAACAAAAACAGGGAAUUUGGCACAAGCAAGAGCCAGAGUGACAGCAGCAUCUCGGUCUUUGCCUCCGCAGCUCAGUGCUGGGCGUAUCAAGUCUCCUAAAUACCUCCUGAAGGUUGACACAAUGGAAGUUAUGCGGCAUCCUGAGGAAACAACUAAUAUGAAGCGGCAAACUAUGGCUUCCUAUUUUAGGUAUUCCCUCAUGGAUCUUUUAUCCAAAAUGGUUGUUGGACAGCCUCACUUUAUCCGCUGCAUUAAACCUAACGAUGACCGAGAAGCACUGAUGUUUUCUCAUGAGAGAGUUCUGCUGCAGCUACGAUACACUGGAAUUCUGGAAACUGUCAAAAUACGUCAAAAAGGGUAUUCUCAUCGCAUCCUCUUUGAAGAGUUUGUGAAAAGGUAUUACUACCUUGCGUUCAAGGCACACGAGACUCCCCUUGGUAGCAGAGAAAACUGUCUCGCCAUUUUGGAGAAAUCUAAACUAGACAACUGGAUUCUUGGGAAAACCAAGGUUUUUCUAAAGUAUUACCAUAUAGAGCAGUUAAAUUUGUUCCUGAGAGAAGUUAUUGGGAGGGUGGUGGUCAUGCAAGCCUAUAUCAAGGGAUGGCUUGGAGCAAAAAGGUACAAGAAAGUCAAAGAUAAGAGAGAAAAUAGUGCUAUUGCUAUACAGUCAGCCUGGAGAGGAUAUGAAGCUCGCAGGAAGUACAAGGAAAUAAGGAACAGAAGAACUGAUGCUGCUAUACACAUUCAGGCAGCUUUUAGGGGAUAUAUUGUUCGUAAAAACUACGCAAGAUUAAAAUGCAACACUGAGUGUGUAGCAGAUCCUCAGCUUACAAGCAGCUGCUCUACUUCUGAUUUUGGCUGUGAAGAAGACUGGCAGCAAACCAGUAGCCAGACUUCUCCUGUGGUGCCUGAUUUUCUUGACAAACAAACUGAAAAGAAUAAUUUGGAUGAGAUUUCUGCUUCUCCAUUUAUUCUGAAACAUUCAUUUGAAACGAAUGAUUCACAAUCAAUUAGCCAAUCCCAGACAGUUGCAGACCAUCAGUUGUCAAGUCUCUUGACAUCCCAUGAAAAAGGAGGUUCAGAAAACUGUCUUGAACAGAAGCUGAGAACACCUCGUCGACGAUGUCAGCAGCCCAAAAUGCUGAAUAGCCCUGAGGAUAACAUGUACUAUAACCAGUUAAAUGGAACUCUAGAAUAUCAAGGGAGCAAGAGGAAGCCAAGAAAACUUGGCCAAAUCAAAGUACUGGAUGGGGAGGAUGAGUAUUACGAAUCAUUGUCAGCUGUUGAAUCUACCCCUGAAGACAACAGUUUUCUCAGCUCUCCAUCUCCUCCUUCAAGAGAUGUGUCUUUUACUCAAAGCUGAACCUCACUCAUUCUAUUGACUAAUACUGGUAAGAGUAUUUUCCUGCUGAUAAGCUCUUCCAGUUAACUUAGUUUACGUGUGUUUAUAUAAUAUAUUAAAAAUGUCAUGUUAGCUAGUUACUUUAGUUCACUGAUUUAGACCUGGGCUUGCAGCUGUACACUGUCACAUUUGGCUGUAUUUUUAUAAACAACUGCAGUGAAGGGGAGCAGCACUACCUGUACGUGUUGAUGUUGACAAUGGACGCAUUUAUUUAGCAGCAAGGUUAGUUUAUCUGAUUCUGACCCCUUCUUUCCUGCUUCCCCCUCCCCCGGCUGCUGUUCCCACCCUGUGCCAUCCCUUCUGUUGUGCUGGCACAACUGCUGGUAGAGCUGUGUGAAAAGUAAGAUCAAGGAACUGAACUAAAAGAGCACUGUACUAAA